AUGGCCAGAAUUAUGCUGACACCGAUGUCUGGUCAAAUGACAGCACCUGUCAUCAAAUGCAACUCCGGACAAUUACACCUGUGUCCAGCUCUCUAUAUAAGGGAAGCGAAAGAGAAAGUUGGCAUCAGUGUUCCUUCCACACCGGUCAAGACACGAAAAAUGAACAAAGGAUUUGUCUCCGUUCUUGCUGCCCUGGCACUCCUCGGAUGUGUAUCCGGCCAAGCCUUUAAUUUCCAAGCCUUCACCCCCGGAAGUCUAGCUACCCUGGCGCUACUUCCCCCACUCAUCAACCAACUGUCCCUGCCGGUCAGGCCACCCCCACCACCACCACCAUUCCUUUUUGGAGGUUACCAGCCUGGCUUCCUUCCACCAACCAUCAUUGAGCGUAGAGUCCGAUACCAUCCUGAUCUGAUCACGACACGAAAAAUGAACAAAGGAUUUGUCUCCGUUCUUGCUGCCCUGGCACUCCUCGGAUGUGUAUCCGGCCAAGCCUUUAAUUUCCAAGCCUUCACCCCCGGAAGUCUAGCUACCCUGGCGCUACUUCCCCCACUCAUCAACCAACUGUCCCUGCCGGUCAGGCCACCCCCACCACCACCACCAUUCCUUUUUGGAGGUUACCAGCCUGGCUUCCUUCCACCAACCAUUAAUACGUCGGGCACGUCUUUUGCUGACAAAGGAGUGAACAAAAAUGUACUUAUCGUCUUUGCCCAUCAAGACCGGGCUUCUUUUAAUGGGAAACUUCUGGAUGUGGCUACACACGUGCUUGAGGGUCAAGGUCAUACGGUACAGAUAUCGGACCUGUACGCACAAGACUUCGACCCAGUGGCUAAAAAAUGUGAUAUUUCAGGAAAUUUAGCAGAUAAAAGGAUUAAUACUUCCGGAGGGAAGAACUGCUAUAGUGAUGGUGAAAUUUCACCUCACGUCCGGUCGGAAAUGGAUAAAUUGAAGGCUGCAGAUCUCGUGAUUUUCCAAUUUCCGAUGUUUUGGAGUUCCACUCCAGCUAUUUUGAAGGGCUGGUUUGACCGUGUAUUACAAGAUGGCUUUGCUUUUAAUUUUGAGACAAAGCAAAUAUUAGACAACGGACUUAUGGCGGGCAAGAAGGCGUUACUAUCCAUUACGACUGGAGGGACCCGGUCAAUGCUGUCUGACCAUGGAGUGUCCGGAGACAUAAACGUCCUACUAUGGCCUUUACAGUAUGGUAUUUUACGGAUCUGUGGGUUUGAAGUUCUUCCUCCUCAAUUGUCACACGGAUUACCCUUUAUUAACGAAGCCACGCGUGCUGACUACCUCUCCCAGUGGCAGGAACGACUACGGGAGAUUUGGACGGAAGUUCCAAUGUCCUUCCCAACAUGCUCUGAUUAUGAUUCAAGCACACUUACUUUCAUUGAUGAUUUUACAGAUAAAACAAAACAAUCUAAAUGUGCGCCCUCUAUAGGACAUCACCUGGAUAAACCUCUACCGAGGCAGACACAAGGGAAAUCACCAAAGGUCAAAACAAAACUAUAG